AUGAGCGAGGCAAGCCGGGUGUGCUCGGGCUACUACAGCCUCAACCACAGCUUCGUGGAGCCCUUCGAGUGUCCCCGGAGCGGCGAGGGGGCCGCCCUCCUCUACUGCUGCGGCUUCGCCGACCUCAAGUACUGCUGCAGCGAGCCGGGCAGCUACUUCCCCUACAAGCACAGCUAUAUGUGGAGCCUCAGCAUCGGUGCCCUGGUUGGCCUGGGAACUGCUGCCCUUGUUCUACUUGCCUUUGUCAUCAGCGUCUGUGUCCUUUGCUACUUAUUUCUGUAUACAAAGCCCCGAAGAUUAGACACUGGCCUUAAACUUCAACACCUAGAGGCUUCUGCCACUCAAGAAGGCAACCCAAACAGGAAAGCCAAUGCCCCCAAUUCAAAUGCAGCAUCAAAUUCGACAAUUGAAACAUCCUAUGAAGCUGAUGACAUGAAUCAAGAGCCACGGAUGGAGAUGACACAAAUCAGCACUGUGUAUUAUUAAAAAGCCUGUGCUGUAAAAGCUCACUGGAGGAACAGAGCAAAUAAAAAUAAAGAAUGCAUUUCAAAUACA